AUGCCUAUCAAAACCGCUGUCCUUACAACCAAGGCCCCAGCGCCACUUCCGGUGCUAUCUCAGGCCAUCGUUCACAACGGCAUGAUAUAUUGCUCUGGAAGCAUUGGAAUGGAUCCCAGAACAAAUAAACUAGUCUCUGGAGGUGUUGCAGAGAGGACGCAUCAAGCUCUAAGGAACCUGUCGGCGGUAUUGGAGGCCGGCGGCAGCAGCUUGAAGAACGUCGUCAAAACAAACGUCUUCAUUUCCACCAUGGAUGACUUUGCGGAAAUGAACAAGGUGUACCAGUCUUAUUUUAAAGAUGAGCCGAAACCGUGCCGGACUUGUGUUGCUGUGAAGCAGCUACCAUUAGAUACCGACGUUGAAAUUGAAUGCAUAGCUUAUCUGAACGAUGUGAAAGCUAAACUAUAG